UAAUAAUGAAGAUUGGAUUUAUUGGCGCUGGAAAGAUGGCACAGGCAUUGGCCAGAGGACUAAUAAAUUCUGGACGUUAUCCUUCACAAAAUUUGAUGGCAAGUUGCCCUAAGAAGCUUGGGAUUAAUACAACACAUGAUAAUUCACAAGUUGCUCGUGAAAACGAUGUGGUAAUUUUGGCAGUUAAACCAACUAUCGUGUCUAAAGUUGCUUCGGGUAAUAAGUUAAAUAGUACUGUUUCACCACUAAUUUUAGAAAUUGCACCAGCCAUCCGCCGAGAUCAUUUACUUAUUUCUAUAGCGCUGGGUAUCAAUAUAUUUCUAUCAAUGAAAUUUGUUUUAUUCUUAGGCAUCACCAUACGCUACAUUGAGCAGUUAUUGCCUUCGAAAUCCCGAAUUGUUCGUGUAAUGCCAAAUACUCCUGUAGUUGUUGGAGCUGGUGCUUCAGCUUAUAGCAUGGGUACGUAA